CACAAGGGUACUCUCGUCAUUUAAGAAAACAACAGUACCUACCUACCUCCAAAUCUAGAGACACCACCACAGAUAUUCUCCCGCCACCAUUCCCACUGUAUUCUCUCCCCCAAUCUCGCCGCUAUCGGGUCGGGUCGGGCAUUGCAUUUUCCGGGAAGUGCUGCAUUUUGAGCUGGUUCACGAGCAACACCAAUGUGUUGAAUUUGAUUUUAUAGAUCCAGGCCCCAAACUCUGUUGCGGUUUGAACUUUGCAUAAUGGGGCAGAAAUCGAGGUCCAAAGGGUGCUGCGGUUGGUUUGUGGCGGUUCUGAUUCUGGCUCUCGUCAUCGGCGCCAUCGCUUACACCAUUAAGAAGAAGUUUGGUCACUCUGACUCCGAUAACCCAGCUCCGGUUCCUGGUCCACCCGGCGCCAUUGACCACAAAUAUUCCUCUGCACUCAAAACUGCAAUGCAAUUCUUCGAUAUACAAAAAUCUGGCAAGUUAGUUAACAACAAAAUAAGUUGGAGAGGGGAUUCAGCUCUAAAGGAUGGAAGCCAAGCGAAACUGGAUCUAUCAAAAGGAAUGUAUGAUGCUGGGGAUCACAUGAAGUUUGGUUUUCCCAUGGCUUUUACUGCCACGGUGUUAUCAUGGGCCAUUCUGGAAUAUGGAGAUCAAAUGGACGCUGUUGGCCAGUUGGAUCCGGCACAAGAUUCGCUGAAAUGGAUCACUGAUUUUCUUAUCAACGCUCACCCUUCUGAAAAUGUUCUUUAUAUUCAGGUGGGUGAUCCUGUUGCAGAUCAUAAGUGUUGGGAUAGACCUGAAGAUAUGACGGAGGAGCGGCCACUCACGCAAGUGAACGCGUCUUGUGCCGGAUCAGACGUUGCAGCUGAAACUGCAGCAGCCAUGGCAUCAGCAUCGUUGGUCUUUAAAAAGACUAAUUCUACUUAUUCAAGCACUCUUCUCAAGCAUGCAAAACAGUUGUUUACGUUUGCGGACAAGAAUAGAGGAUCUUAUAGUGAGAAUAUACCUGAAGUCGCAACGUAUUAUAACUCAACUGGAUAUGGUGAUGAGCUCUUAUGGGCUGCUAGUUGGCUGUAUCAUGCCACAAAUGAUGAUUCUUACCUUGACUUUGUGGUUGGCCAAGAUGGAGAAGACUAUGCUCAAUUCGGAAGCCCAACCUGGUUCAGUUGGGACAACAAGCUUGCCGGAACUCAGGUUUUGUUAUCCAGAUUAAGCUUCUUUAAGAAGGACCUUUCAAAUUCACAUGGCUCUGGCCUGCAAAGUUACAGGAAAACUGCUGAGGCUGUGAUGUGUGGCCUUCUUCCAGAAUCUCCAACAGCCACAAAAAGCAGAACAGAUAAUGGUCUUAUAUGGGUGAGCGACUGGAACUCUCUACAGCAACCUGUUGCUUCUGCAUUCUUAGCUGCUAUUUACAGCGACUAUAUGCUUACAUCGCGGACUCCGAAACUAAAAUGUGAUUCAGAUUCCUAUACCCCAGCAGAUCUUCGGGACUUUGCCAAAUCCCAGGCUGAUUAUGUAUUGGGCAAGAAUCCUAUGGAUAUGAGUUUUCUGGUGGGAUAUGGAGAUAAGUUCCCACAAUUCGUGCACCAUAGGGGGGCUUCAAUCCCUGCUAACGCGAAAACCGGUUGCAAGGACGGCUUCAAGUGGCUUGAUUCGACUGAUCCCAAUCCCAACGUAGCUACUGGAGCACUUGUUGGUGGACCCUUCUUGAAUGACACUUACAUUGAUUCCCGGAACAAUUCCAUGCAAGCAGAACCAAGCACAUAUAACAGUGCUGUCUUAGUUGGCCUUCUAUCCAGCUUGGUCACAACAUCUUCUGCCCUUCAGUCCUUUACCUAAGUUGCAGCUUCCUCUCCCUCCGCAAUUGCAAUAAAGGUUGACAAAGAUUGGAGUUUUAUAGCUUUAUUCAUUUCCUGAUCCUCAUAAAUGAAAGGUACUAAAUAUAUGAAACAUGAUAUUGUCACAAUCAUACGCUUGGUUGUAUCAUGUAUGGGUGUAGAUCAUGGUGUCUGAAUAGGUUAGUGCAUGUUGUUCGUAAAAUUCUAAAGCCAGAAUCAAGUCUGCAAAGAAGCUUCUUUUGAGAGUAACUUCUGGGUUUCACAGUUGAUUCUGAAGAAAAAGAUGAUCUGAAUAUGCUAUUAGUCGUUAAGAUAUUUGGGUGUAGUUUAAUUUUGGGUUGUUACCUCACCAGCUCUGAUCUAUUUUGUUGUACUUGUUUGUAGAACAUCUGAUGAUGUGAUCACAUUAUUAAUCUUCGAUUGUCAUUUGUUGUACACAAAACCAUCCUACCCCACUGUAUAUAUUUUCCUGUCAUUUUUUAUUAUUA